GGGAAAUGUCACAGCUCUAGAAAAACAACAGAAGAUACUAAGACUGAAAAAGCAAUAUAAUGAGUUGCAAAAACCUUGCCUGUCUUGGAUUUCUCGUUAUGCUUGUCCUGUGUAAUGAUCAUGUACGGGCAAAACCAAUGUCCAGCUUGCAGAGUGUAUCUCGUAUAUUAGAGGAUAACUUUGAACACUCCUUUGGAUCUGAAGAAGAGGGCCAUGAAAAAGGAGAGCUGCUGCCCAGUGAUUCAUUAGAUCAGCAAGAUUUGGAACUUCAGUGGCUCAAAAAUAAAUUGGAUCAGUUUGGAAGCCCACAGCUCGGUGAGACGGCUCUGCAGCAGCUCUUGAACGACCCUUCCUCAAGAAGGUACAAAUUAAGGAGCAAAAAGGGAUUCUCCAGAGGAUGUUUUGGCAUGAAACUGGACAGAAUUGGAUCCUUAAGUGGUCUUGGUUGUUAAUAUAUGUGGUUUAUCAUCAUUCAGAGCUGAGAGGAUUGACCUUCUGUCUUACACCAUACUCUGAAAUCACCAAGAAAUGGCUUGUAAUGGUCUUCUGCUGUGAUCUGUUCCCCUCCAUAGAGCCUUUUCUUUCUCUACAGCUUUUAAAUCACUUGCAUAAUGUUUACCCAAAUCUUGCUGUAAUGUGUGAUAUAAGUUUUAUGUCUUCGAUGACAUAAAACUCAAAAAAAAUAAAUGUCUUUCCUUAUGCUUCA